UGUUUGCUAUUCCCACACACAAACUCAAACACUUUCCAUAGACUGAAAAGUUGACUGGUUUUCAGACUGCAAGGUGUUACAUAUAUCGUCUUCUUCAGACGACGUAUUGAAGUUAUAAUUGGGUGCACAAGAAGAAACCGAACGCUUGCCAAAUGGCCUUUCUGGGACGGGUCGACAGUCAGGGAGCCCUCAUCGACUGCGAGGUGUUCAACUUCCAGCCCCAGCAGAACCCAGCCUGCCCGCCGGGAGAGGACGAGGCCAGCGGGCGGCUGCCGCAGAGGAAGGGCUCCAGGACCUACAUCAAGACCUACGACAAGGACAGCCCGCUGCCCUCCAUGGGAAGCCCCAGCACGGUGCGCUACGUGGGCAGCUCCGUGUCGUCCAGCGAAACCCACUCCUUGGACGAGACGGAGUCCUCCACUCUGCGCUGCUCCUCGCUCGGGUCACUGGGCACCUUGGCCACGAUGGUGGGACACCACGAAGAUGGGCUCGAGUCGGAAUCGCUCUGCCUGGACCUGGACAGCCCCAGCAGUAGCCCCGCCAGCGGCAGCAGCAGCAGAUCCACCUCCUCCCGGGAGGGCAGUUCCGGCGACAAGGACUCGACGACCUCGAUGUGCAGCUGGGAGGAGGCCAUGUCCCGGGAGGAGGAGCCGCACAGCUUCAGCCUGCCCUCGCUGCGCCUGGGAUCAGAAGGGGGGCGGGGGGCGGGGGCGGCUUUGUCGCCGCCGCUCACCUACACCCGCCGCCUCGACCCGCUGCACAUGGAGCGCUCCGCCGACGACGCCUACGAGAACUGGCUGAGCGGCAAGCGGCGCCAGUGCCAGUGCAGGCUGCGGCAGGAGCAGGCCGAGCGGGAGGCGCAGCGGGAGCGGACGGCGCUGCGCCAGCGGUUGGCCAAGGGGGAGUACGAGCGGUGGUGCCAGCAGAAGGCGCGGCAGGCCAAGCCCUCCCCCGCCCAAAUACCGCAGCCAAAAGCAAACGCUCCCGCGCAGCACCACCAGCACCUGCAGAAGUGGGAGCUGGAGAAGAUCAGGCUGGCCGAACGGAGGCGUCUGGAGCAGCGGGACGUCGAGCGGCAGCGGGAGCAGGAGAAGGCGCUCCGACGGCAGCAGGCGGAACAGGCCUUCCGGCGGUGGAUGAGCAACGUGGCCCAGCGACCCAAGCCGGUGCCCACCAGCCAGGGAAUCCAGUCCCUCCGCGGCACCGUUUCCGACAUCUUCAUCAACCCCAAUCAGUGGGUGGACUGAAGAACAUUAGCUUGCUGGAAGAGGUGGCCCAAGAGUCGGAAAGUGUGUUGCCCAAACAGGCUCCUCCAAAGGUGGGAAUUUGCCCGCGCCGUGAAACCAAAGUUGUACCCUAGUG